AUUUCAUCCGUAACACCUCAGAUGGCAGCUGUUGCUCCAACUCGAAAUCAUCAUUGACCUCUGGCUCAAACUAGUCCUGGCGGCUUUUAGAGAAUUGUCACAAUAUCUGCCUUACAGGAACCGAGUUCUACCCACGGAAUUGGAGGCGCAAGAAUGCCGAGAGGCAAAAGGCACUCAAAGCCCGCCCGAAAGAAAAUCCGACCACAAUGCUCGGCACUGACGCGUUCCUACGAUGCAUGCAAAAAUCGAGCGACUUCCUCACGAGCGCGGCAGGGACUCCCAGUGUGCUGGUCUCAUAGAAAGCUUGGCCUCUCAGUGGCUUUUUGCCAGGCGCCGCUUGGGGGCAGUCGCAAAUGCCUCAAAAAGAUUCCUUGGACCGAAAUACAGCUUUGUUUCAAGCACAUAGAACUUGCCUUGCCAUGCUACAUACUGCGUCUGCCACUCGAACUUCGUCAACAAAUUUUCUCAUACAUUCUCAAUGAAUAUCAGAGCAGCUAUGCGAAAUUUUACACAUAUUACAGCUUUCUCAAAGUGGCGCGUUUGAAUCGUCAGAUAUUUGAGGAUGCAACUGAUGUCCUCUACCGAAAACUGGUCUGCGAUAUCUUCCUGUCUGGCAAGGAUGUGUACAUCUUGGGAAGAAAAUGCCACUCAAUUCAAACUGGUUCCUGGCAAAGGUUUAAACAACUUACCUUCCAAUUGAAUAUUUCGGUUGAUCAUUCAGGAAGGCAUGGGCCUAUCCUUGAAAAUGUUCAGUUGAUUGCAUCACAUCUUCAGGGUUCCAAUCUCAUCAAGCUCCAUAUUUGUCUUGAUUCGGUGUGGUUUUGGUACACGCGCCGUAGAAGUGUUGAACUUAUUCGCAACUUCUUACCCUCGUACUUGGAUCCAUUUCGGCAGUUGGGGAGGGUGAGGGAGCUUAGUGUCGCGUUGAGCCCGAAGAUGUCAGGCAGGUCGAAUGAAAUCGAAUUGUGGAUGGAAGAUAUGUCAAAUGACUCUGAAGCCAUGGCCAUGGCAAUGGAAUGGAAAAGAUAUUAUGAAGAAUGGACUGAGAACUUGAAGCGGGAGUGCCUGGAGAAAGGCGUAGGAAAAUGCUUUGAAUUCUAAAUCAUGUAAAAUCAAAGUCUUUUAUUGGUAGUUAGAGAGCCAUCGUACGAAGAGAGAAGCUGUAGUGAAGAGUGCACUUGAGAAAACAACAAGAAGCACAAAAUAAUUCAUUUUAAUUCUUGUUUUAUCAGAUAGCUUUGACAUUGUAAUAUGCAUUCAGUAACUGAGCUCUCUUUAUCAGUGUAAUGAGAAUAGAGAUGUGCACUUCUGACAGCAUAAGAACAGAAGCAGUGUAAAUGUGGCGGGCUGCGCCCGAUCAAUCAUAUAGACUAUUCCGUACACUCCAUAGAUUCCUACCGCCCCAUUCCCGAUCGCCGAUCCUCGGCCGCCACAAA